UAUAAGUUCUGGCGUAUGGAUUGACUGGAGUGAACUGUCGCUUUAUAGAUCUCAACUAGUAAAUUUAAGCUCGAUAGCUUUCCGCACCAGUGGCUGUGAAUACCUCUAUAUCUGCUACUGUUCCGCACUACUGGUUGUUUGUAUUCUGUGACGAUGCUUUUACUAAAAUCCUUCAUGUUGGGAUGGUUUGCAUUCUGCAAUUUGGGAUUUCAAUCAUUAUAUGCUGAGUAUUUUAAUCUAUUUUUGAAACAACUUGGUUUCAAUCCUGGGCAGAUAGGAUUGACGACAUCGUUCGGACUUAUUUAUCUGGUAAUCCCGUUUUAUCUUUACUUCGGCGAGAAAUAUCGAGCGAGAAAGGUAUUGGUUGUAUUUAACAAUUGUAUGAUGUUUGUCGUGUGUCUUUUACCUCUUUUGUCAUUGAUUGUGCCAUCGCUGAAAACAAAAUGUGUGAUAUCGUCGGAUAUAACGAAUAAAUCAAUUCAGAAUUCGUCAGGGCGUUCUUCACUUCUAUAUACUGCAGAUUCAUUGUCAAAUCGUGCCUUACACUUGAGACGUGUUGGUAAUAAUACUAAAUCGCAAACAAUAUCAUCUCAAAACCAAUCUGAAAGGUCAAUAUCUCUGUUGUCCCAUGUAAAUCGUUUGUCAUUAAAUCGACGGCAAAACUUGUCAAAAUCAAGUGAAACCAACCAAAUAAAAUACUCCUACCUACGACGCAGUCAACCAAGUAUCAUAAGCAUUUUAUUUCUUUUGCUAACUAUUUCUAGAACAUUGACUUUACUUUCAUCUGUUGUGAAUAUAAGCUCGUUGAACUCAGCAUUAAUGACCUAUCUUCGUGAAAGUAAAGCAAAGAUCGGUUAUUAUUUGAUGUGGGGCCACGCUGGCGCAGCCUUCUUUAUUGCUAGUACUUCGUUAUUGGCGAAGUUGACAAAAGUACGAUUUUGCGAUACCAUUGAAAAUGGAUAUUUUGUAUCGUUUAUAGUCGGUGGAAUAUGUCUUUUAUUAUCGAUGUUUUCGCUACCUUGGUUUGAAUAUGAAUACAGUGAUGCGAGAUCGUUCAAAUGGUCAGGAGUUCGAAAUGAUAUUCUCAGCGCACAUUAUGUCUUCAUGUUUGCUUUAUUGCUUUUUCUGGGCAUGUGCACGUCAUUUCAAUUGUUCUGGGAAUUUUGGUACUUGGAUAGACUGUCUGCGACUCCAUUGCUACUGGGAACGGCGGCUUUAGUUCGAAGGCCUAUUCUUGUUUUAUCAGUAUGUUCUUCAAAACAUUUGAUCACAACCAUUGGUGAAUUGAAAACAUUAUGUAUUUCGCUAUUAUUCUAUGCGUGUUCCUAUCUAGCUCUUGCAUUUGUUCGUACAGCAUGGUUGGUUAUAGCUAUCGACACGAUACAAGCGACAGCAUAUGGAUUUUGUCACUCAGCGUUUGUCGUACAUUUCUCAAAAGCUGCAUCAAAAGAGAACUUCAAUAUGAUUAUAGGAACCUCGUAACCUUAUGAAAAGAGGCAGCAUGACGGAGACGAUUACCAAACGAAUGAACAACUUUGCUUAUAAAGAUGGAUUGUACUCAGAUUUACCUUCUUUUUCCGAACAUGAUAAUGCUUUACAUCCGGUACAAAGCGGAAGUAGAGUCACCGCCGCACCGGAUGUCGAGGGACCGGAUUAUACUGACGUGAUAGAACUGUACAUGAUCACACUUUAGCUCCUUCCUUCCCUCAAGAAGCCCCCAAGAAGAAAUAUGCCAAAGAAGCUUGGCCUGAAAAAAAACAUGGCGCUUCGCUUUUUAUGUAGAAAAAUAUGUCUUAGUUCUACCUGUUCGUAAUCGAUGACUUGGAGUCUCUAUCCCAGUUUCCCAAGGCUAUUGUAACGGAAAUUUUUGAGCAAUUGACAUAUAAAUCGCUCCCAACCCGCCUCAGCUAAAGUUCGGUUUCCACCAAGCGCAGGAGCUUUGUAUUGUUUCAAGGGUUUGAGCUUUAUUCAUGAAUCUGAAGAUAACAUUUUAGAAGUUUUAUCUUGCCAUUUCCAUUGGAAGACAUGACAAUUUAUGCAAGUAAACAUUCUCGGGUAUUCAAAAAAGUGUUUUCGACAUACUAACUACUACAUCAUUCUGUUUACAUAACUUACAUAGAAAAAAACUGCGUGACAUGUUAAGAUCAACGUAUUAUUAUGUAAGAUACUGUACCUACUUAUAAGUUUGUGAAGCCUGUCUCCAAAUCAAACCAAUACUGGAGCGAGCCGAAGAAACUUUAAUAAUGUCUGUUUCUCCCAAAAGAAAUCUUUCGAGUAGCCUUUCAUCUGUGUGAUUUUAUCAUCUUAAAAUCUUUACUUUGCCUACCAAUAUUUUCCAAUGUCGGCUAGUCUAAAUAUUUCAAUCAAUGUAACGACAUUAAGUUUCAAAAGCAACAAAUUUAAAUUUGCUUAUGUUCUUAAAUUUUUAUAACACAACCAAA